AUGUGUGCGGGUGGCCUGUACUGCCCAUUAAAUCCGGCUGAUCCACCUGAACGGCUUGUUACACUUCUCGAACAAACACAAGGUCAAUAUGUUUUAAUUCAUCAAAAAACACGCGAAAAAUUUCCAUCAGCAGCUGUUCAACACUUUAUUCUAUUAGACGAUAUUCUUCUUCCAUGGUUGGAUGUUAAGGAUAUAGGCAAUCUUCCAGUUUGUAGUGAUGAUGAUCCUAUAUACAUCAUUUGCACUUCAGGUACUACUGGGCGAUCAAAAGUAGUAGUUCAUACUCAUAAGAGUUUUUCGGCUAGUACUGCUGCUUUUAUUCAUUGGCAUAUCGACAUGUAUACAUUUCGAGAUCAAAUUCUACAAGUUGCUACGUGCUCAUGGAAUUUGCAUUUGACAGAAAUAUCAAUGCCACUGGUCAGCGGAGGUACUCUUGUGCUUUUUCGACCAGGUGGACACUUGGAUAUGGGUUAUUUUUGUCAAACUCUGAUACAUCAACAAGUGACAACACUCACAAUCGGUCCUGGAAUAAUUCGAGCUUUCACCAAUUAUCUUGAGAUAACUCAACGAUUAGAAACAUUUCAAUCUGUGCGCAAUUUAUGCACGACAGGUGAAACGGUGAAGGCACAAGAAUGGAUUCGAUUUAUUUAUUUUCUGAGUUCAUCCAAUGUUCGUGUAAUUCCAGAAUAUGGUAUGUCUGAAUGCAAUGGAGUUCUUGGCUGUCAAUUGCUGGACAUCACCGAUACAGCUGCAUAUAUUGGUUCUCCAUUACCAGGUGUUCAGUGUUUACUUAUUAAUGAACACGGUCAGACAAUCAACAAUACAGAUAAUUCAGGUGAAAUUGGUCAAGUUUACAUAGGAGGACCAACUCUUUUCAAAUGCUAUUUGAAUGAUCCAGAACUAACUGAUAAAAUGUUAGUUACUAUUGGAAGUCAAGUUUAUCUAAGAACGGGCGAUUUAGCUAGAUAUAGUGCACUUGGUGAACUUGUACAUGUUGGACGUGUAGAUUUUCAAUUAAAAGUACGUGGUCAACGAGUGGAAACAGUUGAAAUUGAAAAUACAAUUAUUGAUUUCUCACCUGACAAUAUCUCGAAUUGUCUUGUCAUUAAAAUGCCACAAAACGAUGAUCUACUUAUUGCCUAUAUAAUUUCAAAUGAUUUUGAGCUUCCUAUUGAAGAGAUUCGAGAUUAUUGCAAUAAACAUCUUUCUCAAUACAAGGUUCCAUCUUAUUAUGUUGUACUUGAUAAAUUUCCGUUGAAUACAAAUGGAAAAAUCGACAGAAAACAGCUUCCAUUCCCGUCAUUACACGGCGAUCCAAUAGCUAACUUUGUUCAAACUGAAGAUCAACCAAUGUCGAAAUUAGAAGAGGAAGUCCAUAGUUUAUGGUGUUCCACAUUACGACUUGAUGUUGUUCCCCGUCAUAUGAAUUGUUUCGCGUUAGGUGGUUCAUCUCUUUCAGUGAUGCAACUUUUCAACUACUACCAAUUUCAUCUGGCUCCAGACAAGCAACUCAAUGUACUGGAUUUUUUUGUUAAACCAACUAUUACCGAGCAUGCUCGACUCUUAAUUAAUAAUAGCAAGGCACCGGCAUACAUUUUUUCGAGUCCACUUCAUUUAGUACAAGGGAUGGCUUCGUCUGCUCAGCAACGUCUUUGGAUCGACGAAAAAGUGCGUUUUAAUGAAUCUGUCAACAGACAAACAUCUAUUUAUAAUGAAUUACUCGUCUACAAGUUGUCAUCAAAUACGACAUUUUGUACACAUCGCCUUCGCCAAGCUCUUAUAUUUAUUGUUGCUAAACAUACGAUUCUUCGAACAGCUUUGAUCUAUGAUGAAAUUGAACUCAAACAGAAAGUACAGCCAACAUCAAGUGACCUUUAUAGUUUCGAAGUAACAUACAUAGAAAAUGAUGAUCACUUAAAGCAAAUUCUUUAUGACGAAGAAACAAAUCGAUCUUUGUUCGAUCUUGAGCAAGGUCGUGUGUUUCGGUGUCAUAUUCUUCGUCGUUCAUCUAAUAACAAAGAUGAUACUAAUUUAAAACAAAAUGACAUUAUCCUUUUCAACUUUCAUCAUACUGCUAUCGAUGGUAGUUCAAUUACAAUAUUUAUUAAUGACCUUCGACAAGCUCUUAUAAAUCAACAAUCAUCUUAUAGCACCGAAGGCAAUAUCACUUAUCUUGAUUAUGCACAAUAUGAACGAAUGGAAGACUGGUCAAGUGCUAGACAAUAUUGGAGUAGUGUCCUAACAACAUUGAAUAAUUCAUUUGAUCAACAAAACUCUUCCGUACGAACGGGUAAUGGUUAUACUGUAACAUUCGAUCUUGACUAUGAUCUUGUCAUGAACUUGAAUUGUUUUAUGUCUCAAUCGAAUUCUACACUUUUUCAGGUUGGUCUGGCUACUUUCUUUUCGUUUCUUUUCAAAAUGAACAACAGCCAGCAGCUUGAUUUCUGCACAGGUAUAGUUGUUGCCAAUAGAUCUCAAUAUCAACUACAAAACAUGAUCGGCUUUUUUGCCAAUACUCUACCAUUCUGUCUGAAGAUUGAUCCGUACGAAUCUUUUACCCAACUUUGUUAUCGAAUUCAACAGUUGUGGCUUGAUAUUCUUCCACACACACAUCUGCCUUACCAGGAAAUUGUUAAACUUGAUCCAAAAUUGGGAUCAUCAUUUCUGCAGACAUUUUUUAAUGUUUCUAGAAUAAUAGACAAUAGUGAACAAAAUAUAGAAUUGGACAAAGAAACGACGCUUAAUAUGGUAGAUCACAACUUACUGUUUGGGAAUACUGCAAAAUUUGAUAUGACCUGUACAAUCCAUGAACAUUGUCAAAACAAGACUAUUUAUGUUUCUCUUAAUGCUUCACUGGAUGUUUACGACGAGUCGACCAUUUCUAUGAUGGGAAGUCGUUUAAAGAUUAUGUUUGAACAACUCUUCUCUGUUCCCUAUAUACAUCAAUUUUCUCUUUUACUGCCACAUGAAACUAAAUUAAUACAUGAUUUAAACGAUACUUUUCUCGACUAUGCCCAAAUUGGUUGUAUUCAUUGGGAUUUUGCAUGUCAAGCUCAUUUACAUCCUCAAAAAGUGGCUUUAGGUUUAGAAAAUGGUACGAUGACUUAUGGAGAACUACUCUACUAUGCUCAACAAUUAGCAAAUCACUUAAUUAAUAACUGUUCUGUCCGACCAGGUCAAACGGUCUGUCAAUUAAUAGAACGAUCCUUCGAAAUGGUGAUUGGGAUGAUAGGCAUUUGGAUGAGUGGAGGUGUUUAUAAUCCUUUGAACUUACAUGAUUCUCAGACACAACGAAACACAUGCAUUCGGCAGACUGAUGCGCAUUUUGUUCUUGUCCAUCAACGCACGCAUGAUGAACCUCUAUCGGGAUGCUCAAUAAUCAAUGUAGAUCAAGUUAUUGGCUUUACUCAAAUGAACAAAGAAGUAGCAACAUGUAUCGAUUCUGUCAAUGUGACAUCUGAGCAUAUCUCAUGUAUUAUUUUCACAAGUGAUCUAUUAGGUUUACCGAAAGCGGUUCAAAUUCGUCAUCGUAAUUUUAUUUCAUGCAAUCGUUCUAACAUUAUGCAACAGACGGAUGUUGUUCUUCAUCAUACUUCAGUUACUUUCAAUGUUCAUUUAUCAGAAAUCGCUGGUGCUCUAAUAAUGGGUGGCCAAGUAGUUUUGCUUCAUCCAAAUGGUGACCUUAAUAUGAAACUCUUUUCUCAAACAAUUCAUCGUCAGCAAGUGACCAUUUUGAAUAUUGUAUCUUCGUCGCUAACUAUACUUACUAAUUAUAUACGUAUUACAAAUAACAAUGAGUAUUUAAAGACACUUCGGUGUAUUUCAUUUGCAAAAUGUACAGGAGCAGUGACUCAAUAUAUGAUCACUACCAACAAAGAUGAUGUUGAGUUUCUACCAAUUGGACGACCUAUGCCGAAUACUCACAUUUAUCUUCUUGAUGACUAUCUUCAACCUAUUAUACCUGGUGUUCAAACAGGUCAAAUCGUCAUUGGAGGCGUCGGUCUCUUUGCUGGCUACUAUGGUCGUGAAGAUCUCACACAUGCAGUACUAUGCGAGUUCACUGGUGAAGUUUGCUAUAAAACAGGCGACUUGGGUUGGCUUAAUACCGCAAACGGACAGCUUGAAUUUCGAGGACAUCGAGAUCAUCAUGCGAAACUGAGAAGUCAGCCAAUAGAACUAGAAAAAGUUGAAGCAAUUUUGAUGGAGAUGGCUACCUGUUGUGCCGUUAUUAAAGCAAAAUAUGAAGAGGCUGACUAUCUCGUAGCAUAUGUUCAGACAACACAUACUAUUCAAGAUUUGAAACAGCAUUGUGUAGCUCGUCUUCCAUUUUAUAUGAUACCAUCUAUUUUUAUGAUUUGUGAUAUCUUACCUGUCGAUCAAAAUGGAUCAAUCAAUCAAAAAGAUCUACCACCACCUGACUUUACCCGUUUAUCAAUAUUGUCAAAUGAAAACAUAGUGCCACGAACAGAAAUGGAACAACGGGUGUACAAAAUAUGGCAUCAAGCACUUGCUAAUGUUGACUCAAUACCUUCCAUCUUAACAUCGUUCUUUUCUCUCGGAGACGACCCUGAAUCGUUUAUAAAAUUGUUUUGUCUAUAUUCAACCAAUUUUAAACAUACUGUCCCAAUCACUACGUUUCUCCAACAGCCAACUAUUGCUGAACAUGCUCGUCUUUUGAUCGAAAAUGCGACUUUAGAGACAACAUGUGAUCGAUCUCACUCGAUCGACAUUACAGAAUCACCAGCAUCAUUUGCACAAGCUCGUAUCUGGUGUGACGAAAGAAUUCGAUUCGAUCCUGACAAGCCUCAAAUAGCAAUAUACAAUGUACCUUUUGUUUAUCGUCUUCAAUCAACUCAUACUUUAUCGAUUAAACAACUUCGUCAUGCUCUUCAUCUCACUGUUAACAAACAUCCCUCACUUCAUACAUCGCUUCAUUUCGACCCCGAAAAGAAUCUACUUAUGCAACGAGUUAUUACUCAUGAAGAUGAAUAUACAAAUAGUAUGUUUUCAAUCAUCGAAACUAAUUAUGAAACAAGUGAACAACUCAAUGAGAUUUUACACGACGAGAAACGUAAUCCUCAUCUUUUUGAUCUUGCGCAAGGUCUCGUCUUUCGAUGUCAUAUUAUUUAUUAUAAAAAAAUAUCUUCAAAUGAUCUACUUUCUGAUAAAGAUGUACUUAUCUUCAACUUUCAUCAUGCUUCAUUUGAUUUUCCAUCGAUGGAAGUAUUUCAUCAUGAUCUCAGUCAAGCAUACACAACAGGUCAACUAUCUUUCAAUGAUGGCAACACUCUUCUACGUUACAUCGAUUAUGCUGUUAUUGAACAACAAAUGUCAAUGACUGGUGCAAGAAUGUUUUGGCUUGAUGCUCUUCAUGAUUGUAAACUCGAUCAACCUUUAUCAUUACCAUUUGAUCGAUAUCAUCUCUCAAAUGAACAUCGAACUAGUCGUGGGACAUCUGUCUCUUUUGACUUUGGUCAAGAUCUCUCACAACACUUUCUUAAUCAUGCAUCAUCAGAUAACAUAUCACUUGAACAUCUCACAUUUGCUAUUUAUUUCAUCUUUCUGUUUAAACUGACGAAUGGACAAACAGAUCUAUGUAUUGCUAUGAACAUCAAUAAUAAUCGAUAUAGAGAUGAAUUCAAAUCAAUCAUUGGUUUGUUUGAGAAUGUCAUCCCAUUACGAUGUCAAUUAGAUCCUCAAUGGUGUUUUCCUCAAUUACUCGAACAUAUUCAAGAGAUAAAAACAAAUAGUAUGAAAUAUUCAUACUUCCCACUUCAACGUAUUCUCAAUCAACAUCCACAUAUUUCAAAACAUGCAUUUUUAGAUACAUCUCUGGAAUUUAUAUCCUUAAUGAAACAUCCACAAAAACUAGCAGUUGAACUUGAUGAACAAUCACUGACAUAUUGUGAACUAUUACACUAUGUUCAAGUCUUAUCUUUAUCUCUUCUUAGUGAUUAUCUUAUUACUCCAGGUGAGAUAGUUUGUCAAUGUGUUGAGAGAAGUUUGUCAAUGGUGAUUGGUAUUAUGGCAAUUGAAAUGGCUGGUGGUGUUUAUUGUCCUUUAUCACCUCGAGAUCCACAACAUCGUUUGCAUGCACUCACACAACAAACGCAAAGUCGUCUUGUUCUUGUUCAUCAUUUAACUAAGAUCAAAUUCGAUGAUGAUGUAGUUUCACUUAAUAUUGAUUCAAUAUUAAAUGUUAAUAAUAUGGUUAGUGACAUGAAUUAUAAUUGCCUUUCAAGUUGGAUAAUGAAAGGUGAAGAGAUAGCGUAUAUUAUCUUUACUAGUGGCUCAUCUGGAAUUCCGAAAGCGGUUCAACUAAGACAGCAGAAUUUCAUCAAUUCAAUAAUAGCUUUGGUUCAGAUUAAUACACUACACGAAAGUGACAUUGUAAUUCAAAUAGCUAGUUCAACCUUUGACGCGCAUGUACAGGAAAUUGUGGGAUCUCUAAUCUGUGGUGCAACAAUAGUCAUGCUACAUCCACAGGGUGAAUCUAUGUCAUCAGCUUUCAUCAAAAUACUAAUGCAGUUUGUUGCCCAAUCUUGCCGAAUUUGGAAUUUAUAUGGGCCUGCGGAAGCCACACUUGGAACUUCAUGUCACCUAAUUGAUGUCAUCGCUGACAUGCAUGAUCUUCCAAUUGGUAAACCAUUACCUCGUUACAUGUGCUUAGUUCUAAACAAUUACUUGCAACCUGUUAUGAUUCAGAAAGAAGGCGAAAUACUAGUGGGAGGACUAGGUGUCUUUGCUGGUUAUCUUGGACGUAAUGAUUUGACAGCAAAAGCUCUUAUCGAAAUAGAUGAUGAACUAUUUUAUCGAACAGGUGAUCUUGUGAGAAUGGAUAACAAUGGUCUUCUUCAUUAUCAAGGAAGAAAAGAUCAUCAAAUCAAACUACAUGGACAACGAAUUGAACUUGGUGAAAUCAAACGAUGUUUACUUAGCAUGACAACUAUUUCUGCCUGUGUUGUCAUGAAAUGGAAAGAUGAUUAUUUAGUUGCUUAUGUUCAAUCUUCUCAUAUCAAUGAAGAACAAAUACGUCAACAUUGUCAAUCUCAUCUUCCACCCCAUAUGAUUCCAUCCAUAUUUAUUAUACUCGAUAAACUACCUUUGAAUUCGAAUGGAAAAAUAGAUCGAAAACUUCUUCCACCACCUCACUUCUCAUCUAUACAUCUCACAGACAGUUUACAACUAUUACUACCCACAAAUGAUAUUGAAGUCAGUAUUCAUCAUAUUUGGUGUGAGAUAUUAAAACAAAACCACAUCUCAGCUGAUACAAAUAUAUUUACUAUUGGUGGUCAUUCAUUACUUAUAAUGCAAAUUUUUCAUCGAUACAAGAUCGAAUUUCAUUUACAAACAAAUACUCUUUCAAUAUCUAAUCUAUUUCAACAACCAACAAUUAUUCAUCAUGCUCAACUCAUUCAGCAAUCUAUCAAUACUAUUCACACUCUGGAUGAUUAUGCUUGGUCUUCAUUACAUCUCAUUCAAGCUCCAGCAUCAUUUGCUCAAGAACGAAUCUUUCUGGAUGAACAAAUUCGUUUUCCAUCUAAACAUCACAAUUUCAUGUAUGUUAUUCCACUAGUUUAUCGUAUUUUGUCGACUAACAAUCAUUUAUCGAUUGAUCGAUUACAUCGAGCACUACACACAGUUGUCGCAAAACAUCGUGUUUUACGUACAGGAUUUUAUCUCGAUAUAAAUGGUAUGAUCAUACAACAUUGCCUUGAUAUCAAUGCUACGAUCAAUGAUCAAGAACCAUAUGGUUUUUCGGUAGUCGAUAUUGACAGCGAUGUUGAAAGUAACGAAGUAGCCAAAAAAAUAAUAAGUCGUUCUGACUUAUUUGAUUUGUCGAAAGGACGUGUUCUGAAUUGUCAUAUUGUCCAUCGUCAUGACUUCAACGAUUUAUCUUAUAAUAAGGAUACGUUGGUUAUGGGUGAUUUAAUCAUAUUCUUAAUUCAUCAUAUAGUAUUCGAUGGAGCAUCAGUAUCAACUUUUCUUAACGAUCUUUCUCUUGCUUAUACAAAUGAUUGUAUGUUACAUGUUGAUGAAAACGCCAUUCAAUGUAUCGAUAGUACCGUAUAUGAACGUUUAAUGGAUAUGACACAAUCGCAUGAAUUUUGGAAUUCUCAGUUGAAGGAUUAUAACUUCACACGUUCAUUAUCAUUGCCUGUUGAUCGAUAUUGUUUGUCCACCGAUUAUCGAUCAGGUUUACAUUUUUUCACUGAAAUAUGUUUCGAUGACGAUAUUUCGACAGCAUUUUUAGAAUAUGCUACUUUACAUCAUAUAACACCUUUUCAGUUAGCAAUGAGUAUAUUUUAUGCAUUUCUAUUUAAAUUAACUGACGGACAAGAUGAUUUAUGCUUUAGUUGUUUACAUGCCAAUCGAUACAGAACUGAAUUACAAAAUAUAAUUGGAAUGUUUGUUGCAACAUUACCAUUUCGGAUUCAAAUUAAUUCGCACUGGUCGUUUGAGAACCUUGCUAAACAUGCUCAAGAAAAUUGUUUAUCAAUUUUUCAACAUACUCAUUAUCCAUUGCAACACAUUCUUGCUGAUUUUCGACGUAACUAUUCAAAUGUUUCUUUUCUUGAUAUUUUAUUUGAACUUGUCACUGUAUCUCCUGAUAUCAAUAAAUUAUCUUUGGAUGGGUCAAACUUAAAACAAGUAUCCCUUGAACGAUUAUGUGAAGCAGUAUUAUUUGAUGUAGAUGUGAUAUUUGUAUACGAUCCAACAGUUGAAACUGGAAAGUUAUCAUGUUAUGUUUAUGGCUCACGUGAUGUAUUUGAUGAAACUACAGUUAAUAAAAUAGGUCGAAAACUUCAAGCUGUAUUUUCUCAGAUAUUUACAACAAAGUCAAGAGUUAAUCAGAUUGAUAAACUGUCUCUUGCUCUACCAGAUGAAAUUGAAGUAAUGCAAAAAGUAACAUUUCAUCAUUUAUCCGACAUUAAUAACAAAGAUUAUCAAAUCAAGUCACAUGGACAACGUAUUGAACUUGGUGAAAUUGAACAGUGUUUACUCAAUACAUCAAUAUCAGCAUGUGUUGUUAUGAAAUGGGAUGAUGAUCGUUUAAUUGCUUAUGUCGAAAGUUGUGAUAUGACAGAAAAAGAACUGUAUGAAUAUUGCCAAUCUCAUUUACCUUUUUAUAUGAUUCCAUCGAUGUUUAUUAUACUUGAAAAUUUACCUAGAAAUAAUGAUGGAACAGUAGAUCAAGACUUACUUCGAAAAUCUCAUCUAGCGACUAUGAUUAAGACUGAUUCUUUAUUAUUAAUACAAUUAGAAGCACGUCUACUUCACAUAUUCAGUCAGGCACUUGGUUGUGAAUCUCCGGAUGUAACCCAGCCCUUUAGUGAGAUGGGUGGGACAUCAUUAGAUGUUUUACGAAUGCUCUCUCUCAUUCAAAAAGAUAUUUGCCCUAUAAUCAAUGGAUCUCACUUAUUUGCUAAUCCAUCGAUUCAAAAACUUACACGAACGAUCGAAUCAUUGUUAGCUAUUUCAAAUAAGAUUACUUUACCCUUCAUGGAAUCAAUUCCACUUACUCCAUAUGUACCUUUAAGAGUGGCUAUUAUUGGUUGUGAUAUUGGUGGUCUAUCCGCUGCUAUUGCUUUGCGCAGACAUGGCCACGAAGUCACUGUCUAUGAACACGCACAUUUUGCUAGUGAAGUCGGUGCAUCAGUUUCUAUUGCCGCAAAUGGAACCAAAUUUCUCGAAGAAUGGGGUAUCAACACUGUUGCUGGAAGAUCUGUCAUUCUACAAAAACUAAUUAUGCGCAAUUGGACAGAUGGUACAAUCAACGAUGUUUAUAAUUUGAGUGAUUAUAAAGAAAAGUGGGGUUAUGUAUACAAUGCGUUUCAUCGAACUGAUCUGCAUGAACAACUACAUAUAAAAGCUAAGGCUUUAGGAGUAAUGAUUGUUAUAGAUCAUAAAGCAAUUGAUGUUGAUUGUGUUAAUCGUACUGUAACAUUCGAUACAGGUAGUAAAAUAUCUGUCGAUUUGAUUAUUGGUGCUGAUGGCAUUCGUUCAACAGUACGCAGUUUGAUUGGUAUUGUAGCAAAAAUGACACCGUCAACAAGUGCUUGUCACCGUUGUAGUAUUCCCACAUCACGCGUAAAGCAACUUGGCCUGAAGGAUUUUUCACCUAACAGUGCAAUUGAAUUUUGGGGUGGUUUCGACAUUAACAAGAUUGUUUUAGCCCCUUGCUGUGCAGGUGAGAUUAUAUCAUUCUAUUGCUUUUCUCCACCUUCUUAUAAUCAUCAAAGUGAAGAGGGUUGGAAUUUCAGUGCCACACCAUCAAUGCUCAUUGAGCGUUUUCCUGAUCUUGAUCCAGAUUUAUUGGCAAUUUUCAAGCAUUGUGAAGAUAUCAAGUUGUGGAAGUUGGCUAUCCAUGAACCAUAUCCAUAUUGGGUAAAGGGCUGUGUAGCAUUGCUUGGGGAUGCUGCACAUCCAAUGCUACCUGAUCAAAGCCAGGGGGUAUGUAUGGAGAUUGAAGAUGCAGCUGCACUAGGUAUUAUAUUCUCACCUAAAUAUUGGGGCAAUAAAAUACUCACGGUCGAGCGUGGCUUAAAGAUGUAUGAAUUGUUAAGAAAAACAAGAGCAACACGAGUUCAAGAGACCAGUGUGCGUGUGCCAGAAAACUUCAAUGAAAAAAUUGGUUGGAGCUCACAAGGAAAUCAUGAUGCCCAACAGAGUGCAGCAACAAAAUUAACCAUUGAUGAAAUCAACGCUUAUGACAUGCAGAAACAUCUAGACGAUCUUCUUAACUAG